CUAUAAAAUCCCAGCACCCCGAUGAGUUCACUUUUGUUUUCAUUCGAGUGUCUGCCUAUCUAGAUAAGGAAAAGAGCGUCUCCGGAGCUCUAAAGUAAAGUUGCAUUUUUCGUGGUUCAGCUCUUUGUGCUACAGUGCCGAACGAAGUGAACCCCACAAGAUGAAGUUACUAGCAUUAGUGCUGGCGUCACUGAUCGCCAUCUGUCUAGCCGAACCAAAGCCUGCCAUCAACGAAGUCAAAUCGAACCAGCCGCAGCAGAAGCCGGGCCGAUUCCUAUCACUGCCGGUGCCAGAAAAAUGCGCGUCACGUCCCAAAGCAUUCAACUACCGUGGACAUAACUACUUCUACAGCGGGCACGUUCCCGCCCUGGCCGACAAGCGCGUUGACUGGCUAGAUGGGCGCAACAUCUGCCGCGAGUACUGCAUGGACCUGGUUUCGCUCGAAACCCAGGAGGAGAAUAAUCUGAUCUUCCGUCUGAUCCAGCAAAACGACAUUCCAUACAUCUGGACGGCCGGUCGUCUGUGUGACUUCAAGGGUUGUGAAAACCGUCCGGAUCUGGAACCAAAGAACAUUUACGGAUGGUUCUGGUCCAACAAUCGUGAGAAGAUCCAAGCCACCAAUAAAAUUCCCAACGGCUGGGGCUACAAUCCGUGGAGCAAAUCGGGUCACAAAAAGAUCCCCCAACCAGACAAUGCUGAGUUCGACAUCAACCAGACCACAGAGUCGUGCCUGUCGGUUCUGAACAACGUGUACAAUGACGGUAUUGGAUGGCAUGAUGUUGCCUGCUAUCAUGAGAAACCGGUCGUGUGCGAGGAUUCCGAGGAACUACUAAAUUACGUAGCUGCCACAAAUCCGGGAAUCCGUCUUUAAUCCUAUAGAGAAGAAAUCUAAUUUAGAAUACGACAGUCUCCUCGAAAAGAAAACACCUUAAAACUAAAAAAAAAUCAUUGCCAAGCUUCCUUCUCACUCUAAGAAUCCAUAAUCAAGCAAUUCACACCCUUUUAUAUGGUACAAGUGUUACAUCGAGGCAAAGCACUGCAAUCAAAAUCAAUACGCUUGAAGGACUAAAAGCUACCCCUACUCAUGAGCCAAGCAAACGCGUCAGCGGGAAUCGAACUAAGCUAAGCAGCAAUGUCGACGCACAACAUUAUUGCAGAACAACACACAACCAACACUGCAAUAUGUUAACUAAAUGUAUAUUUAUUUUAUAAAUAGAUUUUUUAAAGUAUUUUCUCCGUGUAACUUUCAUGAGACUUGAACUGCUGCAAACGAAUGAAGCAAAAUUUUAAAUAAAUGUGCAAAAAAAACCGAAAUUAUUACAACUAAGAA